UCCAGACUGCUGGUUACAUGAUCUCCUGGAAUACAACGCUCCCUCGCUACUCCAUGGCUUUUCGGCUUGUUCUCGCUUUGCAGGGCAGAGAGCAGGGAAGGAUGCCAGCACCACGCUGAACACCAUCAACAUCGUCUGGCCUUUCCUUCCCCUUCCCCUCCUGUGAUCUGAAACCGUCUAUCCGUCCGUGUCCCUGACCUCUCUUCUCACCCCCUGUCGACACCCCCUCACCCCCCACCUCCUAUUUAAUGCUGCCGCCCCCUCAACAAUGAUACCAUGCAUUAACUGGCUGCAGCCUUUCCUUGCCUUGAUCUCCUCCACCUUGCUUGCGCGAGGCCACAUCUGCCCAUCCAGUUGUUUGUGUCCGGACCACCACACUGUGGACUGCACCAGCCAAGGUCUAACCAGAGUCCCAGACUCCAUCCCUCUGGAUGUUCGCCGUCUCCUGCUCUCCAACAACUGGAUUCCCUGGAUCCCCUCCGACUUCUUGGUCCUCUACAGCGAUCUGGUCUACCUGGACCUGAGGAAUAAUUCUCUCUCCCAGUUGGAGCCAGGGACCCUGAGCACCUCCUCUAGAUUGGUCUUCUUGGACCUGGGGAGCAACAACCUGACAGAAAUCUCCUCAGGAACAUUUGGGGAGUCAAGGAGUCUGAUCAAACUGCGACUGGGGAACAACCCCUACCUAAACAUGGUAGGCAGGGAUGCUUUCACGGGGUUGACGUCUUUGAGGGAGCUGGAGCUGGAGAGGAAUGGUCUCAUGGCGCUGGACGUCAUGGUUCUUGAAUCCUUGCCCUCCCUCCGGAUGCUGCGUCUGGAGGGCAACCCUUGGCUCUGUAAUUGCCACUUUGCCAAACUAUUUGUGUGGCUGACAGAGAACCUCCACAAGCUCCCACAGGGUAUGGAGGGGAUAGAGUGCUCCCUGCCUCUGGAUGGGCGUCGUGUUCCCCUAAGUUUACUCUCUGAAGACAGUUUUCGGGAGUGCCGUGGUGCCCUCACCCUCACUGACUACCUCAUCGUCAUCUUCUCUGGUAUUUCCGUCUCAGUGGCGGCCAUCGUGGCCAGCUUCUUCCUCGCUUCCACAGUCCACUGCUUCCAGCGCCUCAGCAAAGGCAGCAAAGGAGAUGAGGAAGAGGGCAACGACUGAUGGGGGAAAAGAAAGGGGGAAGGAAGUUAUCAAAUGCAAGUGUUUCUUACUAAACCUUUGCUCAGAACUCGACCAAACAUGAGCACAAGAGAGAUUGUGGUGAAGCGGUGGAGUAAAGGCGUUAUAGGAAAAUGCCACAUCAAGACAGCUCUUACCUUGUCAAAACCAAAAUCACACUUGAGCUAUCAUGAGAAUCAGAGACCGGUUUGGAAAACAUCAGAGAGGCUUGAAUCUCUGUGAGCAG